CGGAGCCCAGCAGUUGAAUCCCGUGAGUCCGGGCAAGUAGAACUAGUGGAUAGGGUGGUGCUAACGCGUUUAAUGGGCAAAGGGAGUAUCGCCUCGCCGCCAUCAAAUAGAAAAAUCACAAUUUGCGUGGGUGAAACGGAAUAAAAUAAAAGGUGAAUAGUCUCAAGCGAUUACGGUGAGCUCUCAUCUUGUCGAAGAUUUUGUUUGUCGUGGACAAGAUUUUUCAACAAGGGAGGUCCGGCUCGAAACGAGGCGAGCUGUCACUUCGAUCGCCAUUUUAGUGCCGGGAAUGCGCGCCGCCGUCGGCCGAAUUGUGUACGGCAGGACAGUGGACGCUGCUCGUGCGCGAUCCUGAGUUUUCGUGUGAUAACAGUACCAGACGACGUCAUCGUUGACGUCUUCGGGAGGCCGGUUCAAAACGAAAGGACCAAGUCGGGGUUACGACCUCAGUGACGACGGCAGUUUGGCACGUCCUGGAGGCAAGUGCGAGAAAGAAGGAUGAAGGAGUAAAAUAGAUAGUGAGAUAAAUUACAAGAUAGAAGAGAGAACCAAAGUGUUAUUGCGUGUGUGUGUAUGUGUGUGAAUACAGUUGGCUUAUUUUGUGCGUGUGAGAAAAAUCAGAAAGACAGUGGGAAAAGCCGCGUGUGGUACGUUAUAAGUUUCAAGUUGAUCAACGGGGGUGCUCAAAUACUCAAAUAAAAAGGAAAAGUGUGACUGUUACAUCUCGAAAAAAAAAUAUAUAUAAGGAUACCUGGAUAUAAAAUAUCGUCUUUGAAAAAUAUAAAAAUCGACGCUAUUGGAGUAUAUUUAUCAAGUCCCACUUAAAUGCUGUGCGGUUGACGUCGGAUGAAAGGAAGCAUCAGCGAACACGAUUUUGAUAGAGAAGAGCGGCACAAGGAAGCAGCAGCUUCCAGCGCCGUACACAACAGAGUGGGAGAACGAAGAAGAGAGCUGCUCCCUUUAGGGUAGGAAGUAGCUUAGAAUGAACAUCUUUGGGAGCAUGCAAAGGAUGGCCGCAGAAAUAUUAUUCGUUAAGCGGCUUUCGCUACUUCUUCUUCUUCUUCUGGUGUUGCCAAAAUUUCAUGGACAAAUGCAUUCAACACCAAAUGUUGUUGUCAAUAAAUUUCAUGAUCCCGAAGUUGAAAGAAUGAAUCAUCUUGUUGUCGAUAAAAAUACUGGUAGAGUUUAUGUUGGUGCAGUCAAUCGAAUUUAUCAAUUGGCUCCCGAUUUAAGUAUGGUUGUUAAAGUGGUUACGGGUCCAAAGAAAGAUAAUCCCGAUUGCUCAAUGAUGGAUUGUCCCAAGGAUGUUGAAAAGAAAUUAACUGAUAAUGUUAAUAAGGCAUUGGUCAUUGAUUAUACAACAUCAAAAUUGAUUUCAUGUGGUAGCCUCUUUCAAGGAAUGUGCACCGUUCGUAACCUGCACAAUAUCUCGGAUGUUGUGCAAGAAGUACGUGAACCAGUGGUAGCGAACAAUGGUACAGCAUCGACAGUAGCGUUCAUUGCUCCAGGCCCACCAAAUCCGCCAGUGUCUCAAGUAAUGUAUGUUGGCGUAACAUACACUGGGAACUCACCUUAUCGAUCGGAAGUACCUGCAGUGAGUUCAAGAUCUCUUGACAAGGACAAGAUGCUCAACAUUGCUGAGUCCGCUGUAACUACCGGUACAAGAAUGUAUGUCAAUUCACUUUCAAGAGAACGAUAUCCAAUCAAUUAUAUCUAUGGAUUUAGUAGCGAGGGCUUUAGCUAUUUUCUGACCACCCAAAUGAAGAAUACAGACGCAUCAAUUUAUAUUUCCAAAUUGAUUAGAGUUUGUCAUGACGAUCAACAUUAUUAUUCAUACACUGAAAUGCCAAUUGAUUGUAUAAGCGAUGGCAAAGUUUAUAAUCUCAUUCAAGCGGCGUACGUUGGAAAAGCUGGCUCCGAUUUGGCCUCUGAUCUUGGUAUUGUUGCACAAGAUGAUGUUUUGUUUGCUGUAUUCUCAGAAAGUGAUGGACCCAAUACAAGUCGACCACGAGCUCAAAGUGCACUUUGUGUUUAUUCACUCAAGGCCAUUAGACGGAAGUUCAUGAAGAAUAUUCAGAAAUGCUUCAGCGGCGAAGGCCAAAGGGGUCUUGGAUUCAUCUCUCCAAGUCAUCAGUGCGUGCUAACGAAGCUGCAUACUAUCGGUGAAGAUUUCUGCGGCCUCGACGUGAACACACCUUUAGGCGGUCAAGAGCCAAUGGCGGCGGUACCUGUUUUAACAUUUACAACUCAUCUCACUGCAGUGGCGGCGACCUCCACCAGUGAUUACACGGUCGUCUUCCUAGGCACGAACAAGGGUCACCUCAAGAAGGUGGUUGUGGAGAGUUCGACAGUGGCCCUUGAGUACGGUGACCUCGAGAUUGACGUCGACAAAGCGGUGAACUCUGAUUUGCUCUUUGACUCACAGUUGAUGCACCUCUAUGUACUGACAGAGAAGAAGGUCUCAAAGGUGAAGGUCCAAGAAUGUUCAGUAUAUAAAACAUGCUGGGAAUGUCUUGGCGCUAAAGAUCCAUAUUGCGGUUGGUGUUCAUUGGAAAAUAAAUGCAAUUUAAGAAGUGAUUGUCAAGAUGCAGCUAAGGAUCCACUUUAUUGGAUAUCGUAUAAAAGUGGACGUUGCACAACAAUAACAACAGUAACACCAGAACAAUUACAAAGAACAACAGCAAGAACAUUGGAGCUUGUCAUUGAAAAUUUACCAACAUUAUCGGGACAAUUUUUAUGUGCAUUUUCAGCACUUGACAAGACAUUGAUUACAAAUGCUACCAGGAAAUCGUAUGGAGUGAAUUGUACAACACCAAGAACUGACCUUCUGCCAUCAAUUCCAGAGGGUCAACAUCAUUUUACAGCGAGAUUAUCAGUGAGAAUGACCAAUGGUCCUGACCUGGUGGCAACUAAUUUCACCUUUUUUGACUGCAGUACACACACAUCAUGCACUCAAUGUGUCUCGUCUAGCUUUCCAUGCGAUUGGUGUGUUGAUGCACAUCGUUGCACUCAUGAUUCUGCUGAAAAUUGUCGGAAUGAUAUUCUCGUUAAUGGUGUCAGUAGAAUGGGUCCAAGUUUUAGAAGUGGACCUGCUUUUUGCCCGACAAUCAACGCAACUGAUACACAGGAAAUUCUCGUGUCUUCCGGUAUCAAAAAGGCAAUACGCGUAAAAGUUCAUAUUAUUGGCCAAUUUAUCAUACAAACACGAUUUGUGUGUCAAUUCAAUAUUGAGGGACGUGUGACAAGUGUAAAUGCACGACUUUUGGCAGAUACGAUUUACUGUGACGACACUGAAUUCUCGUAUGCUUCACGAACACAGAACAUCACUGUACCAUUUGCUGUGAUCUGGGGCGGUUCUAAGCCAUUGGACAAUCCUGACAACAUUCACGUUGUGAUCUAUCGAUGUCGUGACAUGGCCGAUAAUUGCGGUAUGUGUCUCGCUCUUGCACAGAAAUUUGGCUGUGGCUGGUGCCAGAGUUCGGACAGAUGUGAAGUCAAAGAUCAAUGCGAUCGUGGCGUUGGCGUUUGGCUCAAUCGAAAUCAAACAUGUCCAAAUCCUGAGAUACAUUCUUUUGAGCCAAUGAUGGGUCCAUGGGAGGGUAAUACAAAUGUUACAAUUCGUGGCAUCAAUCUUGGAAAAACAUUUGACGACAUCUACGCUGGAGUCUCAGUUGCUGGAAUUCAAUGCCAACCAUAUCGUGAAUUAUAUGUACGUACAAAACAAAUAGUUUGUCGUGUCGAUGGUCCAGGUACAUCGGAAUCAAGAAAAGGACCAGUUAUUGUAAAAAUAGAAGACUUUCGCGGCGAGUCAGAGUAUAAUUUUGAAUUUGUUGAUCCAGUAAUAACGGCAAUUGAUCCACAAGAAGGACCAGUGAGCGGUGGAACAACAGUGAGAAUUUAUGGUUCAUAUAUGAACGCUGGAAGUAAAAUACAAGCGUUUAUUGAUAAUUUACCAUGUAUGAUAACAAGUACUGAACCAACUGAGGCACAAUGUAUGACAAGUGCAAGUGAUCAACCAUUAAAUGGCACAUUAAAAAUGUUUUUUGACGAAGGAAUUCGUGUUUAUAGUGGAAAAUUCCGUUAUGUUCCCGAUCCAACAAUUGAAAGUGUCGAAAGUGGCGUCGGUGGACAAAUGAAAGUACCAAAAGGAAUUCCAGAUGGUGGUAUAAAAAUAUCAGUAACUGGCAAAAAUCUUGCUGUAAUACGAUCACCACAAAUGUAUGUUUAUUUUGAUGAGAAAAUGUUUGUCUCACGUUGUACAGUACUUUCUAAUACGAGCAUGACUUGUGAUUCGCCAUUAAUUGAAAUACCAGAUCAUUUGACGCUCGACGCUGAGAGACCUUUAUUAUUGGAAUAUGGAUUUCGAAUGGAUAAUGUAACUGGUGUUCAAAAUUUAUCGCAAGUUUUGUCAAAUCAUUUUCUUUUGUUUCCAAAUCCAAUUUAUGAUUUAUUUGAUGAAGAGGUGAAAUAUUAUAAAAGCGAUUAUUUGACAAUUAAUGGACAGCAUUUGGAUCGAGCGAGUCAAGAAUCUGAUGUUGUGGUACAAAUUGGUAAUAGUUAUUGUAAUGUAACUUCAUUGUCGAGACAACAACUCACUUGUAGACCACCAUUAACGCAACCACGAGCUAUUGAUAGUAAUGGCCUACCAUCGAAAGAAUUGCCUGAAGUUGUUGUGAUUGUUGGAUCAAAAUUACGUUUUAAAAUUGGAAAAUUAAGUUAUGCAUUGCCAGCUGGUCUUAAUGGACCAUUAUCAAAACCAGCGCUUAUUGGUGUAAUUGCCGCUAUUGUUAUUUUGGUCUUUGUGUUUAUUGCCUUUCUCAUUGCUUAUCGACGUAAAUCAACAGAGAGUAAUCGUGUUCUUAAAAAUAUGCAAGAACAAAUGGAUAUAUUGGAAUUACGUGUCGCUGCCGAAUGUAAAGAAGCAUUUGCUGAAUUACAAACUGAAAUGACAGAUUUAACGGGUGAUUUAACAAGCGGUGGAAUACCAUUCCUUGAUUAUCGUACAUAUGCAAUGAAAAUUUUAUUUCCAAAUAUGGAAAAUCAUGUUGUUCUUCAAUGGGAUAGACCUGAAUUGGCACGAAAAGAAAAGGGUCUACGUUUAUUUGGACAAUUAAUAAUGAACAAAACAUUUUUACUAUUAUUUGUUAGAACACUUGAGAGUAAUCGAUAUUUUACAAUGAGAGAUCGUGUCAAUGUUGCAAGUUUAAUAAUGGUUACACUACAAAGUAAAAUGGAAUAUUGCACCGAUAUUUUAAAGACAUUACUCGCUGAAGUUAUUGAAAAAUGCAUGGAGGGAAAAAGUCAUCCUAAAUUAUUACUGAGAAGAACCGAGAGCGUUGCAGAGAAAAUGUUGUCUGCUUGGUUUACUUUUCUGUUGUAUAAAUUCAUGCGAGAGUGUGCAGGCGAACCAUUGUACAUGCUUUUCCGUGCAAUGAAGCAGCAAGUCGAUAAAGGGCCCGUAGAUGCUAUCACAUCAGAGGCAAGGUACUCCUUGUCGGAAGAAAAGUUAAUCAGACAAUCUAUUGAUUUUAAACACAUGACUGUCUAUGUGUCAAUUUCACAACAGACAGUUUUUGUCGGUGGAAUGGAUCCAAAUACAGAAAACGUUCCCGUUAAGGUUUUGGAUUGUGAUACGAUUUCUCAGGUUAAGGAAAAAUCGCUUGAUACCAUCUAUAGGGCAACACCUUACAGUCAAAGGCCAAGGAAGGAUGAUCUUGAUUUGGAAUGGAGAACGGGAGCCUCUGGUAGAUUAAUUCUCUACGAUGAGGAUUCAACGACAAAAACAGAAUGCGAUUGGAAAAAGAGAAAUACAUUGAAUCAUUAUCGUGUACCUGAUGGUGCAUCGCUUAAUCUUGUCUCAAAGCAGUCUUCUAUUUAUAAUUUAUCGAUAUUAUCUGAGAAAACUGACAAAUCACACAAAUAUGAGACAUUAAAUCUUAGUAAAUUUAAUUCAGCGAGUCCUCCAUUAUCACGUGCAACAUCGCCAUUAAAUCAUGAUCACGAUGGUGGUUUAAAGGUUUGGCAUCUUGUUAAACAUCAUGAUUCAGAUGCACAAAAGGAAGGCGAACGUGGUAAUAAAAUGGUUUCGGAAAUUUAUUUAACAAGACUGCUGGCAACGAAGGGUACCUUGCAGAAAUUCGUAGACGAUUUAUUUGAGACGAUAUUCAGUACGGCACAUCGUGGUUCUGCAUUGCCGCUUGCCAUUAAAUACAUGUUCGACUUUCUUGACGAUCAAGCGCUUCAUCAUGGCAUAUCCGAUCCCGAAGUGGUUCACACGUGGAAAAGUAAUUCACUUCCACUUAGGUUUUGGGUGAAUCUCAUUAAAAAUCCAAAUUUUGUUUUUGACAUUCACAAAUCGAAUAUUGUCGACUCAUGUUUAUCAGUUGUUGCACAAACAUUUAUGGACAGUUGUUCAACAUCUGAUCAUAGAUUAGGCAAAGAUUCACCGAGUUCGAAGUUGCUCUACGCCAAGGACAUUCCAGUGUACAAAGAAUGGGUGGAGCGCUACUACUCCGAUAUAAAAAUCAUGCCUGCCAUUUCCGAUCAGGAUAUGAAUGCAAUGCUCGCCGAAGAAUCUAGAUUGCAUACAACUGAGUUUAAUACGAAUUGCGCCCUCUAUGAGCUUUAUACGUAUGCAGGAAAGUACAACGAACAAUUGAUAGUGACUCUUGAGGAGGAUGAAUUCUCGCAGAAACAGAGGCUGGCGUAUAAGCUUGAACAGGUUCACAAUAUAAUGGCAGCUGAUGCCAAUCCCUGAUGCCCCAUGAACUCAGCAAAGUACCUAACGAAACCACGUCAGGAGCUACCUUGCUGAGUCAUGACGAUAAGCAUUGUCGAUAAAUUGCCAAGCGUACUGGCGGCCUAUUACUGCUUUAAUCGCUCGGGCCAGUUCCUCCUCGACCAAGUUCUUCAACAAACGAAGAUGAAAAAGAAGAAGAAGAAGAAUAAAAAGAAGAAAAAGAGAGGAGAAGACGUUGGUAAGAUGGUGCAUGAGUGACGCGCCAAAAAAAAAUCAAGGAAUAAAUAGAUAAAAGUAAGUCUUAUUAAGCUAUUACGGCCGUGCUUCAAGGGCUGAAGAGGAUCGUUGCAUUUGUAUGCAUUUGAAACAGGGUCAAGAAGGACACUCGUGAUCGUUCCUCUUUCUUUUUUUUUUUUUUUUAAUUCUUUUUCUUUAUCUUUUCUCGUUCCAUGUGCAUCUCCUCGAGUUGAUUAAACCACGAUUAUUCGUGUUUACAGUCUUCUUGAUGGCCGCUGUUUGGCAGGUGUGAAAAGGGAAAAUAUUUUUUUUCCCAUAUGCGCAAUUGUAAAUACUAAUUAUAAAAAACACGAUAUCGUAUUAGGAUACUAAUGAAAUGCUCACACCACAAUGGCGGCCCCCGAAUUUCUCUUCAACAUAUAUAUACGUGUGAGAAAGGUCGAUUUAUCAAAUAUUGAACAAAAAUUAUAUGUGCCCGACGCAUCGGCGCUGUUUUUUUUUUUAAAAAAAAAAAAAAAAAAAAAAAAAAAAAGAAAACGAAAACAAAUUUCCAUCCACCGUUAUUUACUAACCGGAGCUCGUGUCGAUUUGCGUCGAGCGACAGGGCUCACGGGAUUACGAUAAGUAGCAAUAAGCUAAUUAUUGAAUAAUUGAUAUGAAUAUUAAUAUUAUUAUUAUUAUAUAUAUAUGAAUGGUAUGUCAUAUGUAUAUGUGUACAUAUAUACACUUUAGACAGGCGCAGCGCAUGUGUAUGUAUAUAUAUAUAUUCUUUUCUCUCCCCAAUUCCCCCUUUAAAAAGAAAAAUCGAAUCCCCCCCCUCUUUAUUAAAUCUUUUUGUGCAUCCAGGAUGCGUUAUUGGGAAAAAAAACACAAAUACAAAUAAAUGAAUAUAAAUAUAUAUAUAUAUAAAUAAAUAAAUAUAUAUAUAUACGUUUAAGAAAUUAAAGGAGAAACAAAGAUGCAUUUUUUGCGGAAAAAAGAUAAAAAACACAAAAAAAAAAAAAAAAAUGGAGAACAGACUGUUCAUUAGUUUAUAGGAUAUUAUUGUAUCUGGACUAUGGCCGCGCGCGCGCGAGGCCAGUUCAAUGUGACGGUUGUGUUGAGUGUGCGUGCUUCCUUUUUCUUUUUUUUUUUUUUUUUGGUUUCCGGUUAGAAAUGUUCUUUUGAAACGCUUCUUUUCUAUAACAAUUAAUAGUUUCAAUAAUCAUUUUUUUUUAUUGAUACUGUGAUUUUUUGUUUCUUCAAACAUUCCUUCAGUGAUAUAAUACAAUUUUUUAUUAUUGUUUGUAUAUAUUAAAAUUUAUUUUUUAUUGUGUGAUAUAUAUAUAUUUUUUUUUUAUUAGAGAGAGAGACUGAAAUAUUCAACAAGGUUUUAGAGGAACAAAUGCCUUUCUUUAUAUUUCACUGCCACGGGGUUGAUUUUUUUUUUUUGAACAUUUAGAUACUCGUUGAUGAACAACGUUGAUAGCUCUUUGUUUUCCUUUCCGUGACAAUUUUUUUUUCGAAAAUUUGUCAAUUACAGAUAAAGUUGUUUUUUUUUGAAAAAUUUAUCUAAUGAUUCGCAAUUAAGAAUCAAUAAAUAGAAUUAAAGUUUUUGAUUUAUGUACAGAAAUUUUUUGAUCCAUUUUAGAUCAAUAACUGUUUAAUAAGACUUUUAAAACAAAGCACAAAAAACUGCCAUUUAAAUAUACGUGAUGCCAAAUAGAUGAUACAUAUGAUACUAUAGAGAACCAAUUAAUGUUAACGUGAAGAAAGGCAAUUUUCCUCUUGAAAUAUUUUUUUCUAUUUCACAAAUUUUUAUAAUGAAACAAAUCAGACAUUCUUUACAAUCAAAGAAUUUUUUUUUUGCCAUAAUUAAUCUCGAUUUUAAACUUGAAAGUUAAAAAAAAGGGUAAAAUAAAAUGAAAAAUUAUGAAAAAAUUCAAUAAAAAUUAAAGAGUGUCUGAUUUGAAAUGAUGAAUGAUUUAUUAAGGAAGUUCAAAUAAAUAAUGCUCGUAAAAACAAGAAAACUAUAAUAAAUAAAAAUUAUUUAUCUACUAAUAAUUAUUAUUAAUUUUUUAUUUUGAAUUUUAUCAUUUAAUUUUUAACUUUAGUUAUUUUAACCAUUUUUUUUUUUUAUUAAAUUAUAUAAAGUUUUAAUAUUUCUUUUUAGAAAUAAAUUUAUUACAAAUGGCGUUUAAAAUUUAUUUUAAUUUUUUUCUUAUUUCUCUGGAAAUUCACAUCAAAUUAUUUGAACAUCCUUGUAAUUUAAAAAGCGUUUCAUAAGUACAUUCCCGGCUUCCAAAAAUCUACAAAUAUUCCAUUAAUUUCAUCACGUUAUUAAUCCCCCUCCCCCUUUUCUCAUCGACGUUAUCAUCUGCCAUAUAAAUCAUCAUCAACAUUGUUGCUAUCACGUCAUUGCCAUUGUCAUUGUCAUAUAUAAGAUAUAUUAUGCGCAAAGGCUCUUUUUAUCCUCCGAGGUGCGAAUACCUCACUGUUUUUUUUUUAUAAAAUAUUUAUCAUUGUCCAAAAAAAAGAAAAAAAGACCGUCAUCUCUUUAUCAUCUCGUUUUGCGAACUGCCUUGUAUCACUUUCCCUUGUCUUCAAAAUAAAAAAAAAAAAAAAAAAAAUGCUUCAACGCCUCCGUCGUCAUGUUGUUGUCGCUCUUAAAUAAUAAUUGUAAUAUAAUAACGAAUAAUGAUCACUGUUGAGUAUUGUCUGAUUGUAAUACAUUGAUAUCGAAUUGAUAUGAAUUGAUAAUCAUUAAUUAACGUGACAUUACUCCGUGAAUGUAAAACCAUAUUGGUGUGAAUUGCGAUUAAAAAAAAAAAAAAAAAAAAAAAUGUUAUGAAUGUGAAAAUUUAUGAUUCCGAGAGUGCAUUUUUUCGGGAAUGAUUGUCCUGUGCGUCAAUUCAAUGUGCAAGUCGUACGUGGAGAAAGUAUUUAUUGCUCAAAAAUAUCGGGAAGAAUCGGGAGAUUCCAAAAUGGAAAAAAAAAUAAUAAUAAUGGAGAUGGAGAGUAAAAAAAAGGAAACUCAGAGCUAAAAGAAACUCGCGAAAAGGGAACGGAGGUAGUAGGGUAGAAUGUGAGAAACAGUGGGAAGGGGGGAGGUUGUUCUUAGGGUUCGAAAAUACAUUAUACAAUAACAUUCAUGUUAAUACAAAUUUUAGAAAAUAAAACAACACUAAUGUUGGACAAAUUAAUAAAAGCUAGAAAAAAAACUGAUAUUCAAUUAAAAAAUUAAUGUUGAAAAAGCUCUAAUGGUUAAAAAAAAAAAUACAUGCUUAAUUCGUAGACUAUUUUUGUCUAGGAAAAAAAAGCACUUCCUUCUUCUUCGAUAUAAUAUAUAUGCAUAAACGUUGAACGUUAUUUAGUUCAGAAUUGUAAACUUUUAUAAGCUUUUUGAUAAAGUUUGUAACUUUAAUUAAAAAAAAAAAAAAAAAAUUAUUUUUGAACCCUACUUGAUGUUUAUACUUGGUGAAAUAUAUAGUACAUGAGAGGAAGGUAAAUCUGUCGAAAAAAUUGAUACGGAAUGAAAAAUGGAAAAUAAAUUUUGAAAAAAAUUUCUAAUAAUUGAUAAUAAUAAAAUUGAAAAUCCGCAAACUUUUUCGACAGAUAUAGGGAGACGGACGGAGAGAAUCUGAAAAGACGAGGUUGCCGGCUCCGGGCCAAAAAAAAAAAAAAAAAAAAAAAAAUUGGAACAAUUUGAUUAUAAUCUGCUCUGAAACGAUAUGAAGGCGUGCGUUUGCCUCCCCCCGCGCACGUCAUUUUCUAAUGGUACUAAUAAACCCAAAGUGCCUCUGGUAGAUUUUUGGGCAUAAGCUUGAGUAAUGAAAAAAAAAAAAAAAAAAAAAACCUAUAAUAAUGACAAUUAUUCGAGAUAGAAUAUUGAGAGAAGGAACGCAAAGAAAUAUUAUUAGGGGGAAAAAAAGAAAACUGAUAAAGCUUGAUAAAACGAUGCUGAUGAUAAUAAAAUGAAAAAAAAAAAAAGAAAUUUCAAUGUGACGAAUCUGAAACAAUACCAUACGUAUAUACAUACGUAUAAAGCUUAGUUGUAUAUGUAUGCAUAUCGUGUGUGUAUAUACACUCUUUAAAUGUACGUUUAGAUAGGUACGAUAAAAAAUAGUUGGUAGCCUAGUCUAUGUCUGUCUGUCUGCCCUGAGUGUCUUUCCCAGUGUUCUCCUUAAAUAUAAAUAUUUAUAUAUAUAUAUAUACAUAUAUAUACAUAUAUAUGUCAUCCAAUUCCCUUUUUAUCAUCUCGGCAAAUUAAUACGUCCAACAGGAAUUUCUUGUCAAUUUUUUUUUUUUCAAAUAAUUAAAUUUUUUUCUCUUAUAACUUGAAAAUUAAUAAAAAUGAAUUUAAUUAAUAAAUUUGAAUAUUAAUUUUUUAAUUAAUGACUAGAAAUUCUUGAUUGACAUAAAAUUGGAUAUUUAAAAAUUUAUUUUUCCCUAUAUAUAAUAUAAAAGACAGAUAUACAAUUUCACAACAAGACACACGCGUUCUCCACUCAUCUCACUUGACUCUCGAUUGGCACAUAAGUUUUUGCUAAAUAAAUGAGUAUCGUAUAUCAAUGGUUCCUCAUCGAUUUUUAUCGAAUAAUAAGCGCCCCUUCCCCCCUCACCCCCACCGAUUUGUAAAAUUCGAUUAAAAUAUAAUGUUGUGUAUGUUACUUCUACCAAGUACCGUACGUGCGUGGCUUGCUGUCCAGCAGUCUGAUGUCGUGUGCGUAUUUGCUGUGUUAAAUUAAUAAAUAAUUGUAUGCACGACGACGAAUGAAUAUAUAUAUAUAUAUUUUUUUUUCCGUCUGUUCUCGACUAAUUGUCCUGAUCGUUUCUCUUUGAAUUCUGUUUGGCAACUUAGAUGGAGAAAAAAAAUUUAAAAAAAAAAAAAAAAUUUUUUUUUAUUAAAAUAAAAAAAGAAAAUCCAAUUGAUGACAGAGAGUAACGAUAGAGGAUGAAAAUAAAUUAAAUUUGAAAGGGAGAAAGAGAGAGAGAGAGAGAGAAAGAGUGUGUGUAUGAGUGAUUUAAUGUGGACUGUGCAAGACUGAGAGAUGCAACGAUGGUAAUCCUUCGUAUCAAAACGAAAAUUCCAUUGUCGCUCAUUUUUACGUCAUAAUUAUUAAUUAACGAAUACAUAUAAAUAACGCAUUCGA